AUGCCUUACUCUGCCGGUGACGCUUCCAAGGGCGCCUCGCUCUUCAAGACUCGCUGUGCUCAGUGCCAUACUGUUGCUGCUGGCGAGCCUCACAAGGUCGGACCCAACCUGCACGGUGUUUUUGGACGCCAUACUGGCAAAGCCGAGGGCUACUCGUAUACUGCCGCCAACGUCAACAAGGGCAUUACAUGGGAUGAGCAUACUCUUUUCGAAUACCUAGAGAACCCCAAGAAAUACAUUCCUGGCACAAAAAUGGCCUUUGCUGGUCUCAAGAAGGAGAAGGAACGCAAUGACCUCAUCGCAUACCUUAAGGAUGCUACCAAGUAG